AACUCGCCCUCGCCCGCCACUGCGAGUCCCGGCGCGCUUCUUGUCCCUUUGGACCAGUUUUUUUCUCUUGCUACGCCAUCGCCAUGACGCGAAGAACCGUGUAUGCCGCCGGUCUCGCCCUCACCCUGGCCUGCACCGUCAUGACCAUUGCCAGCAUCUCGAUGCCGCGCUGGGUCAGCUAUAGCCCCAACGGCGAGCGCGAAUACUCGUACGGCCUGCACACUCGCUGCUCCGCCGUCACGGGUACCUGUGUUCCAUUUCCCAAGUCGAGCGACUGCACAAAGGACCCUUCGUUCUGCAACAUGUGGCGCACCGUUGGCUUCCUCACCUCGUUUGGUGUCGUCGUCGAACUGUGCGCCAUUGUCGCCUUUGUCGUCAUCAUCUCGGGCGGCGUACAGCGCAGGGCUGCUGGAUGGCAGGUCGCCGUGGGCGUCUUGUCGUUUAGCGCCCUCGUUCAGUGUGCUGCCAUGGCCAUUGUAGCUUUCCUCUUCGACCACGACGAACGCUUCUGGAAAGGCUGGCACCUUGACCUCUCGUGGUCUCUGUGCACUGCCAGCUGGACCAUGCUCAUCCUCACGUCCAUUGGCAUGGCCGCCUCCGCCUUUUACCUGCCCAACGAGGGCGAGUACGAACUCAUUCCCGAAGACCUCUACGGUCCCCCAGACGAUCGGUGAGCGCCCUCACUCCGAUUGCCGUCACAUGCGCAUAUGGUUGUUGUUGCAUCCCGAGAACUGUUUUAAUCGUGGCUAGGCUUCUUUCGCGCAUCUCGGCUUGGGAUAACGGCUUCAAGGGCCCAGGCUCGGGCAUGCAAUACAGUUACCAGCGCGAUCAGGACAGCAUGAGCGACGUUGUCAGCAUUGCUGCCAGCAGUAUUGCCCCCAGCAAUAGGCGGGAUAGCGAUGCUAGGAAAUAGAUGAGCAACACGAUACACCUACGGACGCAUACGACGGCGAUAUACCUAAUGUGAUGGGAUCGGUCUAGGGCGGGUGGGCGGAACAUGUCUCAUAUUCGGCGUCAAUUUGUUAGCAUGGCGUGGAUUUUUUUGCAGCGUGGGUUGACAUUUUUUGACGAUACCCCUGCCAUCCACUGGUGGUUGGGCAGUUUUUUGGUGUUGAUUUAAUUAGGAAUAGAAUCUGUUCUAUCA